AAGUAGUUCAUGAGAUAUCCCCCCUUUCCAGAUUGAGGAGUUUAACACAAAGGCAGAGGAACUUGAAAACGAAGUACGUUUGAAACAACUAAAUGUGGGGUCAAAAAUGUCUGGAAUGACAGAAUUGCUUUGUGAACACAAGGGUCGAGGAGAUGCUCAUUUUGCUCACGGACUUUGCAAGCUCUGCUAUAAAGAUUUUGUCGAGCUUUCUGGAGGACUUGAGGGGGGAUCAGAACCACCAGCUUUUCAGCGUGCUGAAAGGGAAAGAAUGGAAAAAACUUCUGCUGAGGGGGUCAGAGAAUCAAGUCCUGGUGCUACACCUUGCCAUAGGGAUAACGGGCAGAAACAGUUUGAGAAAGGAGAGGAAUCUGUAAGAGAAAACCAUCCAGACGUGAUUGAAAAUGAGAGGAUGCAUUCCGGGGCUGCUGCUGAGCAUCACUUUGUUUAUCAGGAUGGUUCCUCUCAGUCAAAGGGAAAUGAGGAUAUGGAUAAUGUAGCUGGUGAUGAAUCUGAAAGCCUUUCUGAUAUUGAUGAUGUUGAGGUUGAUGGCUACCUUCACAAUGAAGAGGAGAAACAUUAUAAAAAGAUCAUCUGGGAAGAAAUGAACAGGGAGUAUCUUGAGGAACAAGCAGCCAAGGAAGCAGCAGUUGCUGCUGCUAAGGAAUUCCAGGAGUCUGAUUUACAGAACUGUUCAGAAGAGUUGCUCAAUGCACGACAACUUGCUGCUGCGGCAGCUGCAGCUGUGGAAAAAUCAAAAAAGGAAAGGAAACAGAAACGAGCAGCAAAUGCCAAGAAUGGAACUCCAGCUCAAACUGCUGCUGAAGCCACCCGUGAAAUGCUAACUAAGAAGAGGUUAAGUUCAAAAAUCAAUUAUGAAGUGCUGGAGAAGCUGUUUGAUGAUUCUACUGCUCCUGAGAAAUCCAAGAAAAAGCGUGUUGAAUCAGAUGAUGAAAACGUUGAUGAUGGGCAGCAAAUCAGCGAAGAAUCAGGUGAGAAAGAAGUUGUAUCAGAUGUGGUGGACAACAAUGAUGAUUUCAGGGAGGAUGACUAUGAAGAAGGGGAUGGUGAUGGCUUGUAUUACGGAAAUGAAGAGGAUGGAUAUGGUUAUGAUGAUGAAUAUUAAUGUGAAAACUCCUUGUAUGUCUAUCUUGAUUCAUUUGGAGGUGGAGCCGGAGGUGUUUGGAGAAAAUGUCUUCUAGUAAAACUGUUCAUUUCAGUUGGCACCCUGGUUUCAACUCUGCCUCGGUUGGGGUCGGGAGUUACUGUUCCUAGUUGUUCAUCAUAACUUUUCAUGUUCCAUCGUUCGAUGGCCAGGCAUUCGAAACCAAGCAUGAAACAUCGUUGUAUUUUUUUUCAAAUUUCUAGUAAUAUAAAAACUCAUGCUGGUUCACUAAUUUAUUGUAAAUUCAUUUAGAGGAAUUAUUUUAUUCCAUUGUAUUAGAAUUUUUUUCAUAAUCUAUUGCAAUUCCCUUUAUCAAA